UCUACUACUAACCCUAGCUUGUUCUCAUUCAUUUCAUUUUCGAUCGUGGUUUCAAUCUCAGACAUAAGGCUCCUGCGCCGCACCCCAUUCCUCCCCUCCAAACCCAUGUAUGACGACGACGUACCAUGUAUGAUGCCGCACCCCACUCCUCCCCUCCAAACCCUCCCCACCACGCUCUCUCGCGCGUGAGGCUCCCACACCACAACAACAACUCCGCAAUACUUGACUCGAGAAUGAGCCAUUCAUUCAUUCCAAGGGACGACCCCAGACGCUUCCACUCUUUCUUUGGCAGCGGCGUUGUUUUCUCUCCGCUUUACCUAUUCAUUCAUUCACGUUCUUUACAUAUUUACCUGAUGAUACACCUGCUGGGCUUAGAGUAUUGAGGGAGAAGGAGCUGAUAAAUCUUAGAGGUGAUGGGAAAGGAGUUAGAACAUUAUCUGAUAUAAUAUAUGAUUUCGAUACAUACAACGAUCUAGGAAAUCCAGAUGAAGGAGUUGAGCUUACCAGACCAACUCUCGGUGGAUCCCAAAAUCAUCCAUACCCAAGACGCUGUCGUACUGGCCGCGCCCCUACUGAUACAAUAUGCAUGCUGAGAGUCGUGUGGAGAUGCCACUGCCUAUGUACGUACCAAGAGACGAACAAUUUGAUGAGUCUAAGCUGAACACAUUCGUAAUCAAGAGGCUCAAGGCAGUGGUCCAUAACUUGAUCCCUGGUCUUAAGGCUAGUCUUUCUGCUAAUAACCAUGACUUCAACAGAUUUUCAGACAUUGACGACCUUUACAGUGAAGGCCUGCCCUUGCAAGAUGAAAUUUUGAAGAAAAUUCCAUUCCUACAAGUGCUCACAAAGAUACAAGAAUGCGGCCAGGGACUUCUUAAGUAUGACACUCCCAAGAUUAUUUCCAAGGACAAGUUUGCCUGGCUGCGAGAUGAUGAAUUUGCCCGGCAAGCAAUAGCAGGAGUCAACCUUGUUAACAUUGAGGGGCUUAAAGUUUUCCCACCUAGUACUAACUUUAUUCCUUUGAAUUUGUCAGGAAAUAGUGGAAAAUAAGUUGUUUAUGGCAAAUUACCAUGAUGUCUAUGUUCCAUUUCUUGACGGGAUCAAUGCCCUUGAUGGGAGAAAAUCCUAUGCUACCCGCACCAUAUUUUUCUUGACACUCCUUGGCACUCUCAAGCCUAUUGCUAUAGAACUUAGCCUCAGACCAAGUUCCAAAUGGAAACAUGUAGUUACCCCUCCUAUGGAUGCAACUACAAAUUGGAAGUGGCAGCUUGCCAAAGCUCAUGUGUGUGCCAAUGAUGCUGGGGUGCACCAACUUGUUAACCAUUGGUAAGCGAACCAUAUAAAGUAUUUAACUGCAAAAUACAUGCAUGUAGAUAAUGAGACUAAGAAGACUUCUUAAUGCAGUGAUUGUUUUUCCUUUCAUUUUUAAUGAGACUAAGAAGAUUUCUUAAUGAAACUAUAAGUAUCUACUUGGUUGUGCCAUUGGCUGCAUUUCUCAGGUUCAUUUACUGAACUAAAUUGAUGUUACAGCUCUAAAUGCUUUUGUGUCUCACUUGUGUACAUCUUGUUUUGUUUCUUCUGUCGUAGGAUAACAAUUUUUGUAAUUCACAUACGUGUUAGGUAUUGAUUUGGGCAGUAAUUCCAUAUCUAAAAGGGUCUCAAAUGAUUGCUUCAAGGCAUGUUUUACACCUUGUUUCCAUUUUCCAAUACCUCUUGAGGUUGUCAUCAUUGAUACCGGUGUUAAUGUGAGCUUUUUCAAUCCUCAGUAGUCUCACAUAUAGAGUGGGAAAAAUUACAAGGAAAAUGAUGUUGGGAGGUACUUAAUUAGUAAGAGAAUUGCUAAGGUUUUCUUUCUUUCAUUUUUUGAGAAAUUGAAAUUUGUGACCCCACUUUGUAGUUCUAGGUUGAUUUUGCCUAAUAGUGAUAUUUGUAUAAAUAUCAUUAACUGCAUAAGGGGAGGGGAAGGUAAAUCAAGAUUGUAUAAAUUUUCUUGUUCUGCAAAUUGAAAAAUA